GGCCUCUACAGAGCAACAACCGCAGUGCAUCGCGAGACCGCCCGCAACAAACACGCCGCGCCCGCUGGCAUGGCUGGGGGUAGUCGGAAGCCCCGAGCCGCAGGCCCGGUGCCUCCAUCAAUUACACUAGUUCUCGACAAUGGCGCCAACACCAUCAAGGCUGGCUUCGUGAAGCGCAACAGCACUAGCAGCAACAGCGGCAGCGAUAGUGUCGCUAGCACACCGGCCCCGCGCAUCAUUCCGAACUGCAUCGCUCGCGACCGCCACAAGAAGAUAUACGUCGGAUCCGAGUUCGACAAGUGCAAAGACUUUGGAGACCUUGCACUCCGGCGUCCGGUCGAGAAGGGAUUUAUUGUCAACUGGGAGGCCCAGAAAGAAAUAUGGGAUCGCGAGUUCUUCGACGACAAGGCGCCCCAGAAAUGCGACCCCUCCGAGACGCGCUUGGUCUUGUCCGAGCAGCCAAACUCGCUGCCAGCCCUGCAGGUGCAUUGCGACCAGAUGGUGUUUGAGGAGUUUGGAUUUGCCAGCUACUACCGUGGCAUCGGCCCGGCUUUCAACGCAUACCAAGACAUCCAAAGCAUAUUUCAAGCCCCAAAGACACCAGAAACCACCGUCGACAUCCCUGCCGAGGUCAUGCUUCUUGUCGACUCUGGAUACUCACACACGACGGUCACGCCUAUCAUCCAGGGCCGGCCGUUGCACCCUGCCAUCCGAAGGUUGAACGUGGGCGGGAAAUUCAUGACAAACUACCUCACACGCCUGAUAUCUGUACGUUACUUCGAUAUGCGUAAUGACCCGUAUGUCGUCAAUGAGAUGAAAGAGGCCGCCUGCUAUGCGUCGCUCGACUUCAAUGGCGACCUUGAAAAGUCGUGGAAAGGUACCCAAGGGGAACGUCGAGAAGACUACAUAAACGGUGCCGGCAUUGCCAUGGACUAUGUUCUACCAGACUCUCACACACGGUUUCAUGGCAUUGUACAGGAGUACGACCCCACCCGCCUCUCCCGGACCCGGAAGGGCGGGGUGUCUGCCGAGGACAUCCUGACUCUGCGGAACGAGCGUUUCAUCGUUCCCGAGAUACUCUUCGACCCCUCCGACAUUGGCAUGCGGCAGCCUGGCCUCGCAGAUGUCAUCAUGCAGUCGCUUUCGGUGCUGCCAAUAGGCCUUUGGCCCGGUUUGCUGGCCAACAUUGUGGUCGUGGGAGGAAGCUCUCUGAUCCCAAAUGUCAUCCAGCGCCUGCAGACCGAGAUUCUCAAGAGGGUGCCAGACGCCUGCAUCGUCAGAGUGGCCUGCCCAGCCGACCCCAUCGCAAGCACCUGGAUAGGAGCUGCCAACUUUGCCAGGCACGAGCACGUCGAGAAGCUUGCCGUCACCAAGCAAGAGUACGAGGAACAUGGAGCUGCCUGGGUGGCGCGGAAAUUCGCCGCGGGCCUGAGGGUGGACUCAUGAUACCCUAGAUGGUUUGGAUACAAGCUCGGAAGCUGGACACAACUACUCGCCAGGUCUACAAAAGGCCCUCUGGCUAACAUGUGCGCUUGUAGACCGGAAAAGCAAGCUGCACCUUAUUCUCGGU